AUGGCGACCCCUUCAUCAAAGCCGAUCCCUUAUACGGCGAAUCCGCUUCUCCUCAUGCUCAAUGACUUGAUGCUCUUUGCCGAAAUUACGUUCACAUGGCCUAUCACAGCUGGCCUACCGAGUAUUGUCCUACCGUUGCGUCCGACCAGAUCACGCUCACUGGACGAGUUGGCAAUCACCGGUGCCAAUGCGUGGGCCUCUUUCCUGCAUAUCAUUCUCAUCAUUGCUCAGAUAUUCUUCCUGGGAUCUCUGUUCCCGUUGGCGUUCAUUGUAAUGCCAUCCUUCUAUCUUCUGUACGUCAUUGGGUUCGUCGUGGGCAAUCAAUGGUUUACCGUCUUGUUGAACGGCCCGAGGCACCGAGGGCUGUUCGAGUCGAAUCCGGCCUGCAUGAGAGGAAAGGCGAGACACGAACAUGAGAAAUGGGUCUUCAUCAACGGAGUUGCUGUAGGGCGCCAUUGGCUGCAGUCGAAUCUCGACCGCCUUUCAAUGACUUUCAGACGGCCCAUCUUUGGAAUACAUAAUCAGACCCGGGGUAUCAUUUUUGACGUUCUCGAAUGCAUCAUUCAGCGCGACUUGAACUUCGCCACCCUGGACAUUCGAACGGCUUAUGCUGCGAUGGUUGAAAUUCUGUCGGAUGAUAAUAUCCAGAAGGUGGUCUUGAUACUCCAUAGUCAAGGUGCUAUAGAAGGUGGCCUGGUCCUGGACUGGCUUUACGAUACGGUUCCGGCGGAUCAGCUUGGCAAGCUGGAGGUCUAUACCUUUGGAAAUGCCGCGAAUCAUUGGAAUGCGCCUGUCAUAUCGCCGUCCGCCAUUUCUAGCGCAAACGGAGACAGCGUCACAGAGCAAAGAAUCGUGUCACAUAUCGAGCACUACGCCAACGAUGAUGAUUACGUCUCCAGAUUCGGCAUCUUGCAUUUCCGCCCUGAUCAGCCAUCACCUCGAACACCCAUUCCCGGUAAGCCACCGCUUGCCCCCAUCUCCAGGACUCCUUAUCCGGACAAGCCCAAACCCACGGAUGGCGAAUCUGCACACACUACCCGGUUUAAUCCUCCAAAGAUCAACACUCGGUCCAAGGCAGUCGCCGCGGCUUCCAGGGCAUUGCUCUCUCCCAAGACGCCGAUCGAAAUGAUGGAUCUUCAAGAAGAGGAGACCAACCUGUUCUUCGGCCGGCUGUUCAAGCGAGUCGGCUCCGGCCACCAGCUGAACCAGCAUUACUUGGACAACAUAUUCGAGAUGGAGGGGAUCGACACCAGCGACCUCUCACGGGGACGUGUGCGAGACAACAAUGUCUUCAUGGACUCCGAGUUCGAGAUGAGCAUCUAUCAGGACUGGGACACCGUGCAGGCCGCAGGACGGGGCGGGGCGCGUCAAAAUGGAAGACUCGUUGCACCGGGAAAACAGAUCAAAGAUCUGAGUCGCUUGUGGGCUUAUCGAAAUGGGCAAAGCCCGGAAGACUGA